AUGGUGCAGGUGAAGGCGGAAUACGACUUUGAUGCGCAGCCGAAUUCCGGCGAAAUUAGUAUACGAGCUGGAGAUGUGCUCACGGUUAUUCGAGAGAGCAUCGACGGCGGUUGGAUGGAAGGUCGAAACGCUCGUGGAUCGGUGGGGCUCUUCCCAGAAGCGUACGUCACUCCGUACCAAGCACAACGAGCCGGAGCCCAGCCUCCACCGGUAAUUCAUUUUCAGCAGAAUCGAAAUCGAAAAAAGAGACAAAAUCCAAUCCAAUUCCUUCUUGUUUUCUUGUUUUUCCAUCCCGGCUUUCUCGUCUAA